GGCGGCGCCCGUGUGCCGCUGAGAACGGCAGCAGGCCCCACUACCCUUUCUCAUCCCGAGAAGCUGAAGGCAGCGGAGAGCGCGGCUUCGGGGGAUGGAGGGUGCGCGGCAGACGGCGAGGGAGACGGCGCCUCGGCCUCGGAGGCGGCGGGACCGGGGCCUCUGCGACCGUCCGCCGGCCCCUCGCCGCCCCCCGGCCUCUCGUGCGACUCGUCCGGAAAACGGUCGCCCGCUCCGGUCCCUACAUCGUGCCCCAGACGAACCCCGUCGGUAUCACUGGCCGCGACUCGCGCCAUCUUGGCCAUUGGCCGUGGAGGCCCCCGAAGCAGCUCCUGCGCGUGCGCCGCGCUCCGACCUCGGGCUGCGGGGCGCCGGGAGCGGAAGUGCUCCGCUGACCCGAGGGCGGCGCGAGGUCGCGCCGCUUGUUGUCCUCCGACCUGGCUGGCGGGUUCUGGUAGCCAAGUACCGGGAGGCGGAGCAGGCACUGGCCGGAGGGCAGAUCUCUGCCCUUUGUCUCGAGCAGAACAGGAUGGCCAUGUUCCAGGAGUCCUUGACCUUCCGGGACGUGUUUGUGGACUUCACCCUGGAGGAGUGGCGAUGUCUGGACUCGGCUCAGAAGAACCUGUACAGGGACGUCAUGCUGGAGAACUACAGCCACCUGGUCUCCGUGGGACAGCUAGUUCCCAAACCCGAUGUGGUCAUCAGAUUGGGACAAGGAGAAGAGGCCAGGACGGCAGAGGGAGAGACCCCGACGCGGAACCCUCCGGAAUUCUGGCAAGUGCAUGACCAGAUGGACAACCACAAGGAAAGCCAAGACCAACGUCUGUGGCCGACUGCGUUCGUAGACCAGGAAACACAGAAGGACCAAAGUGGCCAGGAAUUGACAACAUUCAGGACAAUCAUUUAUCCGGGCACAGACUUUGUUUCUAUAAGACAAAGACUCCCUAGAUAUUAUUCAUGGGGAAGGUGUUCAAAACAUAAUUUAAACUUUCUCUGUCAAAGCAGAAGUUCUGUAAGAAAGAAAGGUGAUGAGCGUAAGGCACAUUGGAAGUCGUGCUUCCACCCUAAUCUUUAUCCAGCGCAGCCUGGAGAGAAAUUCUUUGAGCCUAAUCAACGUGGAAACACCCUCCACCAUAAGCAAGCCCUCGAUAAACCUCCAAGAAGUCAAACCAGGGAGAAACUCUUUGAGUGUUCUGCAUGCGGGAAAGUGUUUAUCCAGAAAGCCAACCUUGUCGUGCACCAGAGAACUCACACGGGAGAGAAGCCCUAUGAGUGCAGCGAAUGUACAAGAGCCUUCAGCCAGAAGUCAACUCUCAUUGCACACCAGAGAACUCACACAGGGGAGAAGCCCUAUGAGUGCAGCGAAUGUGGGAAAACCUUUAUCCAGAAGUCAACGCUGAUGAAACAUACGCGAACUCAUACAGCAGAGAAACCAUUUGUAUGUGGUGAAUGUGCAAAAGCCUUUAAGAGUUCCUAUCACCUUACUAGACAUGAAAAAACGCACAUUAGGCAAGCAUUUUAUGAAGGAGUCCACUGUGGUAAAUCCGGCCUUACGUACCCGAGGACUCAUACGGGUGAGAAACCUAACUGUAAUAAACAUGGGAAACCCUCUGAUGAGAAACCCAACCCCAUUAAACACCAGAGAUCUCCUAUGAAAGAGAAAGCUUACGAGUGCAGUAAAUGUGGAAAAAGCUUCAGGGGGAAGUCCCACCUCUCUGUCCAUCAGAGAACUCACACAGGAGAGAAGCCUUACGGAUGCGGCAUAUGUGGGAAGACUUUCAGUGGAAAAUCACACCUCUCUGUCCAUCAAAGAACUCAUACAGGAGAGAAGCCUUAUGAGUGCAGAAGAUGCGGGAAAGCCUUUGGUGAAAAGUCAACCCUUGUUGUACAUCACAGAACUCAUACAGGAGAGAAACCCUACAAAUGCGGUGAAUGUGGGAAAGCCUUCAGCGAAAAGUCACCACUGAUAAAACAUGAGAGAAUUCAUACAGGAGAGAGACCCUACGAAUGCAGCAACUGUGGGAAAGCAUUCAGUAGGAAGUCAACUCUCAUUAAACAUCAGAGAAUUCACACAGGAGAAAAACCCUACGAAUGUAGUGAAUGUGGGAAAGCUUUCAGUGUGAAAUCAACUCUCAUUGUACAUCACAGAACUCACACGGGAGAAAAACCCUAUGAAUGCAGAGACUGUGGAAAAGCCUUCAGUGGGAAGUCAACUCUGAUUAAACAUCAGAGAAGUCACACAGGAGAUAAAACCUAUUAAUAUACUUGAGCAUGGGAGAAUUUCCCUAUUAUACCUCAUUAUAGAUCAGUUCAUCCUGGGGAGUAAUCUUAGCAAUGUCAAGAGUGUCAGAAACUCUUCAGAUAUUAAUGUUCCUUUAAUGUAAUAAAAGGUUCAAAAAUAUAAUUCCAGAAGCAUGUAAUAAAUGCGACCAGUUUUUCACCCA